ACUCCUCCUUUCUCAGCUCUUGCUUAUUUCAAAUACUUCUCAAACAGUUCUAAACUUCCAUCUAAGCAAGAUUCACUUCACACAAAAAUGGCCAUCCGCCAAAUACUGAAACGAUCUCUAUCCAACGAAAAAAGAUCUACUGAAGUUCCAAAGGGGCAUUUAGCUGUGUACGUCGGAGAAAGUGAAAAGAAGCGAUUUGUAAUUCCAUUGUCGUAUUUGAACCAUCCUUCGUUUCAAGAAUUGCUAUGCCAAGCGGAACAAGAAUUCGGAUUCCAUCAUCCAAUGGGUGGCCUUACUAUUCCUUGCAGUGAAGAGUUAUUCAUUGAUUUGACCUCUCAUUUAAGCAGAGCUUGAUAUUCGAGUAUAAUUUUUGUUAGCUAGAAUUUUUUCCUAUUUGUACACACAUACGAUACUUUGUCGGAUACAAAUUGUAUUCCCGAACAAACUAAUUGUAAUACCUUCGAAAGAUUUUGUUAUAGAAGGCAACUCAUUGGAAAUUUCAUGCAA